CAGCUGCGGAGAGCAAGACUCCGCAGUGUCUCUGGCCCCAGGACUGUUAUAGACACCAUGACAGGAUCAGAGGAGCGGAGCACAGCAGUGGAGAGCGAGAUCCAAUCCCACACCCUCAGGGAUACCACAGCCUCGCUGCCUCCCACACAGAUACAGGAGUCAGCUUCCUCGGCUCCUCUGCCCCAGCACAGCCCCCUACAACGAGGUCUACUCGUACUGAAGACCACGCCCUUGGCCCUCACACACCACCUGAUGCCCCCAGGAGCUGCCUUCCCCGGUACAGCGUGGUUUCCCCAAGAGAUGGAAUCCCUGAGCUCUGAGCCGGCCACCUACCCAUCAGGGCACCUCCUCGGUGGCUCAGCAGCACCAGCUGCCCCCUCUACCCAGGCACCCGCCCUUGUUUUCUGCUGUAGCUCUGUGCCUACCAGUGGGUCCAGCCCAAACUCUGUCAUAGAACGGGACGCCAGGCUGCCGAACCCCUUGUUUGCCAUGGUUUCUGCAAGUGGCCGGGAUGUGAACAGGUCUUCAAGCAGUAUGAACUCUUCCUGAAGCACCUUGAUGACGUACACAGUUUGGGCGACAGGAGUACGGCGCAGUGUCUGAUCCAGAGGGAGAGGGUGGAUCAACUUCAGCGAGAGCUGCUGUUCGAAAGGGAACGCUUGGCAGCUAUGCAGACACAACUCAGAGCAACCCCGUCAAAAGAAACUCCGCGAUGCAACCCGGUUUCUGACUGGUUGAGGAUUUGUGCAGUUCCUCUGGUAUCAGUGAACUCCAGUGAAAGUCAACAGUGGGACAAGGACAGCUUAAGGCAACUCACAGGAACCAACACUGCCUUGGAAUACUAUAAAGUGUGCAACAUCCGGCCACCACUAACGUAUGCUGCACUCAUCCGAUGGGCCAUCCUGGAGUCACCAAAUCGGCAGCUUGCUCUCAACGAUAUCUACCGCUGGUUCACCCGCCGCUUUGCCUAUUUCCGCUACAACACUGCCACCUGGAAGAAUGCUGUACGCCACAACCUGAGUCUGCACAAGUGCUUCGUGCGGCUGGAGGACGUGAAGGGGGCCGUUUGGACCGUGGACGAGCUGGAGUACCAGAGACGGCAGGGACGCAGGGCGAGCAGAGGGCAGGAGACACGAUGGAGCCCACAGGCAGAGCAGAGGUGAACGUCACUGGAGAGCGAGGCUUCAAGUUGCUCCAGCGAGUGAGAGGAGACCGACUGCCUGCCUUUUUGCCACAGCCCCGACUGAGCUCACUGCCCCAACCCCCUCCUCCCGAACUGUGCACCCUGUUCAGCGCUGGGCCAGAUACUACCUUUGCAAUAAAUAAACUGA